AAAAGACUUACCAAAAAAGAAACAGGAUUCCCUUCAAUCCUGUUAUGCCCACAUCGAUGGUACAAUUUGUGUCCCUAGCAGCCCUGACCUCAAUGCAUCCAAGACCCCCUCAGGGCUCGGGUUCUCCUCCCCACCUUUCCUUCCCUUUCGCUCCCUUUCCAUCCUCCCUCUUUGGGCCCACCUUAGCUAUGCCUAUGCCUAAACAUCCCCAUACCUUCUCUCUCCCCUUAAAGGCCUCAAGUCACCUAUAUAUAUACCCUACAAUCCCAUCACUCCAUGUACCCCAUGGGCAAGAGCCUUUCUAUAGCUAUAUUUUUCUCUUAGAUAAAAAUGUCUGGUGUUUGGGUUUUCAGGAACGGUGUGGUUCGCUUGGUUGAGAACCCUGGGGCUGAAUCAUUGGACGGAAACCGACAGGGUUCAAACACCCGCCGCAAAGUGCUUGUUCACACUCCUUCUAACGAAGUGAUCACUUCCUAUGCUGUUCUUGAGCGUAAUCUAUUGUCUCUGGGGUGGGAGAGGUACUACGAUGACCCUGAUCUUCUUCAGUUCCAUAAACGAUCCACCGUCCAUUUGAUCUCUCUCCCCAAGGAUUUUAACAAGUUCAAGUCCAUGCACAUGUACGACAUCGUUGUCAAAAACCGCAACGUGUUUGAAGUUAGGGAUAUGUAGUUUCUAGUUUAUACGUUGCAGCACCUGUUUCCUUCAUCUUCAAUUCUUCUUCUUUCUUUCUUUGUUUGCUUUUGUAUGUGAUGAUGAAUUGGUUUUACUAUUUUGGUAUAUGGGUUUUGGUUUCUAAAGUGGACUGUAUAUGUUGAAGGGAAAUUUAAGCUUGUGGGUUUGUACAAUUAGGGUUAAGAAAGGUAAUGUGC